AUGCAAAAAUACGUUUGCUUCAUCGACAAUCCCAACAAAGGCCUGACCUUCGUUGAAAUUCACACCUGCCCUUUGACUCCCGCUUGGCGCGCUGAUAGGACCGAUGUGAGGUCGAAAGUGCAGUCAACUCCGGCCGGGAUGAGAACAACUUGUGGGAGAGCAGGGUUAUAUGAAAUUCAAUGGGAAACGUCAACUCUACUCAUCCGAUUAAAAGAUGUUGUUCCAAAUUGGUUGAUCGUCGUCUCAGAAGCCAUUUUCCUUCUCUUCCCAGACCGGGUGGCCGGCACGAGACGCGACUUGGGCCAGUCAGACUCGAAUACAUUCAACAAACUUGCACUUUUCGUGACACAUUUUUGCUUUGAAGCAAAGAGUCAAUCGGUCCUUUGCUGGCGAACACAAGUCGGGCUUGUCGAGCAUAGACCAGACUCGAGACGACUCCGUCAGGACACGCAACUUUGGACGCCGCUCGAGGGCAGUUGGCAGCCCGGCCCGAGGAAUGAGGUACAGUUGCGUCCGAAGAGGGCCGGUCUGAACUCGAAUGGGGUUGCAAGUGUUGGCGGACGCAGACUUUAA